AUGAUUGCAACCAAAAGAAGUUGGUCCAAAGCGGUGGCGCUGUUUUUGCUCGUGACCACCACCAUUAGUACGGUCAAUUGUCUAUAUGAAGAUCAAAUCAAGAAAUUUGACUGGAAAACCACACAAAUUGGUGGGGUGAGUCAAGCCUAUUUGGAAUUGAACGGGUUCCAACCUCGUUUGCUGGUAAGCACCCGGGAAAAUGUGAUUGCUUCGCUGUGUCCCAAAACGGGGGAAAUUAUUUGGCGUCAAAUAUUCGAAAGUGGCCCCAGGGGUAACAUAAAACUAUUGCAGUUAUCAUCUGCUGCAUCGGGUGGCGAUAAUACAGCAGCUGCCCGCCCAGGUACCACAAGCGGUUUUGAUCUACUUACCGUUCAGGGUCAUGCCCCGGCUUUGGUAAGAGGUUGGAAUGCCAAUACCGGCAAUUUGGAAUGGGAAUGGUCUCUGAUGCCAAUACAAACAGAAAAGGCCGCCUCUUCUAUGUGGUUUUAUCGUAAUGCCAUGCUUUAUCAUGUUUUGCCGGUGUGGAAAUCUCAUUUGGAGGUGACACCUUAUUUUGCUAGUUCUGGCCAGGCCACAGGAAAUACAGCCAAGAUUACCGCUCCUUGGAUAACGGAGGAAAAAUGUCUGUUAGCUGGUACCUAUUUGGCAUGUGUUGAGGGUAAUCAAUUGAUUAGCUUGGAUUUGACGGCAAAUCAACCCCAAGUUUUAACCAAGGCAUUGGGUGAAACGUCAGGAAAGCCAAUUAAGGCUGUGGAGGGCCUAAAUGGCGUUGUCAUUGUUGAUGGCAAACUGGUGCCAGUUAGGGAUGACAUCAAAACAUGUGAAUCCCUGCGAGGAGAUAGUUUCACCAUUGGCCGUUUCAAUAAUCAAAAUGUCAUUGUGACUGCCAGCAUUAAGGAUAAGAAUCUUGUCAUUGAUGGCUAUACCCUGGAUACUUGCCAACAAGUUUCAGAACUUUCUCAUUCUCUGGUGUAUCCCGAACAUUAUGGCCCUGUUCAAAUUAAAACAUUCGAUUGUAAAGUGAAUCGUAACUCAGAUGGCAAAGGUUGUUUAUUUAUUGCCGAUACAACAGAUGAUAGUAUUUUGGCCAUACAACAAUCGAAAUUCCGUUGGACCCGAUCGGAGGCUUUGGCAAAUGUUAUCGCCACGGAAUUUAUUGAUUUACCCUUGGCCGAUAGUGAGGGUGAAUUGGAAAAUGAGAUGAAGGGAAAAGCUGGUGAAGAUCCAAGUUUGGAGACCGAUAUUGUCAGUGCCUUCGCCCAUCGCAUUGGCUCACAAGUAAUGCAUUUCAAGAGUUUGCUGUUGCAUGUCAUUGGUUUGGGUGCCAAACCAUCGGCCACACAAAAAGCCGGCAUUGUAAGAGAUGCCUUUGGCCUGCACAAAAUGUUGGUGGUGCUCACAAAGAGUGGCAAAGUUUUCGGUAUUGAUAACAUCAGUGGUAAACAACAUUGGCAAUUAUAUUUGAAAAAUGUUGAAGAGUUUGGCAAUGGUGAACAAAUGCGUCUGCUGACACAACGGACAAGUAAACAUUUCCCCCUCCAAGCAUUGUGUGUGGUAAUUGCUAAGGAUAAAUUAUCUGGAAAUGGUGUGUUGUAUCGUUUUAAUCCCAUCACCGGUCAGCCAGCUGAAGGUGGCCUCCUCCAAUUGAAUUAUAAAAUUAAACAAUUAUCGUUGUUGCCGGAAACCGAUACUGAUUUUGUUAAGGGCAUACUUAUUGUCGAUGCCAAUGAUAAGGUGCAAGUUUAUCCCGAGAAUGCUAAAGUGAAGGCCGAUGGUUUAUACAUAUACACAGCCGAUAAGUCCAAGGGAUCCCUAAAUGGUUUCCACGUUAAAUAUGAAAAUAAUCAACUGACCACCAUCCCCUUGUGGAAUGUCGAUGUCAGUGGCCACAAUGGUGACCACGAAAUCAUUGCUGUUGCCUCCAAAAACCCCAUUGAGCGUGUCCAUUCGCAGGGUCGUGUUAUGCCCGAUCGUUCGGUUCUUUAUAAAUAUAUUAAUCCCAAUUUGGUGGCUGUAUUCACUCAGGCCUCGGAUAGUAUACACAAAUAUUUACUCAAUGUCUAUUUAAUUGAUGUUGUUUCCGGCUCGGUGGUCUUCUCAAUGAUGCAUCGUAAAGUACGUCCCCCAUUGCAUGUGGUGCAUUCAGAAAAUUGGCUAGCCUAUGCCCAUUACAAUGACAAAGUUCGUCGCACAGAAAUAACCACCAUUGAAUUAUACGAAGGCAAGACACAAGCCAACAGCACGGUAUGGAGUUCAUUGAGUGCUCCUCCCAUGCCAUUGGUAGAAAGACAGACCUAUAUUAUCCCAACUUUGGUUACCUCAAUGAGGGAAACAAUUACCGAGCGUGGUAUUACCAGCAAGGAUGUGUUGAUUGGCACAUCUAGUGGCUCAAUUGUAGAAUUACCCUGGGCCUUGCUAGAUCCUCGCCGCCCCAUUUCUUCAUCCUCCAAUGGACGUGAUGAAGGUGCCCUGCCCUAUGUACCCGAAUUGCCACUGCCCACUGAGAAUAUGAUUAAUUAUAAUCAAACCAUACCCAGAUUGCGUUAUAUCUACACCGCACCAAGUGGUUUGGAAAGUACCUGUUUGGUGGUCUCGGCUGGUUUGGAUGUCUUUGUUACCCGCAUUUCACCCUCGAAAACCUAUGAUUUACUUAAAGAAGACUUCGAUUACAUUCUGAUUUCAAUUGUUUUGGUGGUAUUGACAACUGGCUCACUGGUGGCCAAACAUUUAGCAUCGCGCAAAUCCCUUAAACAGGCAUGGAAAUAA